AUGUCCAACUACGUCUUGCACGAGGUCCGCUACGUUCUGAUGGCGAUGUGCUACUCAACCCGGUGCUUGUCGGCCACGAUUCAGGACUCACUGUUGGACAAGAGCAUUUUCUGGUGUCUUACGUUUAUUCCGCUUGCUGUGCUGUGUUUACCUACGUUUGCGUACCUAGUACUGGAUACGAGAGAUCUUUUCGAGUUCGUUUUGGUGUUGGUACCUUUUACCGAAAUUUUGCUAACCAACGUGAAAAUGAUCGUCUGUAAUGUGAAAAGAGUGAAAAUUAUAAAUCUCAUCAACCAGUUGCAGGUGGAAUGGGACGAAUACAAAAAGUCGGAGCUUACGGAAGUUCAGCAGUUGGUAGCCUCGACUGCAAAGAAGACGAGGAUUUUCGUGAUAGUCUACACGGCAUCGUUUUUCCUGAUCGUGGUGGAGUACGCCACGCUGCCGCUGUUUAAACUGGUUUACCACAGGGUGAUUAUGAACGACAAUUCGAACUACACCACCAAGCUCCCGUACGAAAUGAGGUUGUUUUAUAGCAUCGAGGGCAAUGCGAGCUUUAGUGUGACGUACUUCUUCAUCCUGAUCGCAGCGUUUGUGUUGGCAUUUGCGCUGACCGGCUUUGACAGCAUGUUCUCCACGCUGUGUAUGCACAUAACGACCAUGUUUAAAUUGUUGAAACUUGAAAUUGACCAGUUAGCUCGGGAUCUGGAGGCCGCAGCACCACGCAAGCAACUGCACGCAAAGCUGAGGCGAAUCAUAUUGAAACAUAAAAGCAAUCUUUCGCUCAUCGAUCAACUGGAGGAGGAGUUCAGUUUUUUCCUGAUGAUCCAAUUUCUGACCAGCUCGAUCGUAGUGUGCGUUGUGCUCUACGAGCUGACGACGGUUUUCGGCUGGAACGAAGACACGAUUAAAACGAUGACCUACCUGCCGGGAGCAGUUCUUCAGCUGUUUCUCCUAUGCUGGUACGCGCAGAACAUUACGGACGAGGCUAGUGCGGUGACCGACCAUAUCUACAACGUGCCGUGGUACCUCGGCGACAUACCGCUGCAGAAGACCGUCCUCACGCUCAUGGUGAAGGCGCAGAAACCGACCGGAGUGACGGCAUCGAAGUUCUACAUGGUGACGCUGCAAAGUUUUCAGCGGAUAAUCAGUACAUCCUACUCUUAUUUUACUCUGCUGCAAACUGUAAACGAGCAGUAA